UGACGACACGUUCUUUUCUGUUUAGAAGGCCGGCCGAGCCUCCGGUCUCUCCGCAGAGCAACGCGAUUCCCUGGAGGAACCUUCGGAAGCGGCGGGGGAAAAGAAAGAAAAGAAAAAAUCACCGACUCGCAUCAUGGCCAACCCGCGGGAAGAAAGAUUCACCUAUGAGGAUUAUAAGCGGACAGCAGAUUGGCUCCUGAGUAAAACCAAGCAUCGUCCCCGAGUGGCUAUCAUCUGUGGCUCAGGACUUGGGGGGCUGGCUGACCUCCUAAAGGACCAAGUCGUGUUUGAAUAUGCUAAGAUACCCAACUUUCCCCAAAGCACAGUUGUAGGCCACGCUGGGAAGCUAGUGUUUGGGAACUUGAGUGGGACGCCGACUGUGGUGAUGCAAGGUCGAUUCCAUAUGUACGAAGGCUACCCACUGUGGAAGGUGACCUUCCCAGUUCGGAUCUUCCAUCUGAUUGGCGUUGAAACCCUCAUUGUCACCAAUGCAGCUGGGGGGCUGAAUCCUGCUUUCAAAGUCGGGGACAUCAUGGUGAUCCGGGACCACAUCAAUAUGCCUGGAUUUUCCGGGCAAAACCCUUUGAUAGGACCGAACGAUGAGAGGUUCGGUGUUCGCUUUCCAGCCAUGUCGGAUGCCUACAAUGAAGACUUGAGAAAACUGGCUGUUAUGGUGGCUACUGAAAUUGGCUGUUCUGGCUGUAUGAGGGAGGGGGUCUACUGCGCCCUGGGAGGCCCCAACUACGAGACCAUUGCUGAGUGCCGUUUGCUGCAGAGGCUGGGCGUCGAUGCCGUCGGCAUGAGCACAGUUCCUGAGGUCAUUGUGGCCCGUCACUGUGGCCUCCGGGUUUUUGGCUUCUCCCUCAUCACCAACAAAGCCAUUCUGGACUAUGACACCAAAGAGAAGGCCAACCAUGAAGAAGUCUUGGAAGCCAGCCGCCAAAGCGCCCGCACCCUUGAGAAGCUGGUCUCCAUGAUGGUGCAGCGCAUCGAAGGCAACAACAACUUAGCCUAGGGGCCAUCCAGCUCACGAUCCUCCAUGUGACUUUGGGCAAGGAGAGAAUAUGCUUCUUAUUAAAUCCCGCUGCUAAGAUUCCCGCUCUUGGGCAUGAUGCAGACAUUUUGGUCUGGAAAGUUGCCAAGAGUGGAAGUAGCAUCCUUUUAAUCCUGCCUACUGUCCACCUCUGACCAAGAAGCCCUUUUUUUUGUUUGCCUGUUUUUGUCCUUCGUUGUGUUGUUUCUGCAUGUUGGUAGUUCAUGUCCCAUCUCAUCUGUUUUUCUGUAAAAGUCCUCCAGAAACCCCCGUUGGAGCAGACUAUGUGAGAAAUCAGCUCAUGUAGGCCUGUUUCAUUUUAAAAUCAGGGAUGUGAGGACUCUAGAAGUCCUUUUAACCAUUUCAAAAUAGCCGUUCCCUCAUCAGCAACCUAGUAACAGCUGGCUGUUUUUUCUUUUUUUUACGGUACCAUUUUGUUUCUGAUUGCAGCUUUGGGUUCAGUUUUCUGAAUCCUAAAAUCAUUGUUGGAGGGGAGUCAAAGACCACCAAAUUCAACCUGUUAAAUGUUUGGGUCUUCUUCUAUGCUUGGGCAUUUUGAACAGGGAAUCUUAAUUGCUAUGCAAUAACUUGUCUGGCCUCUCAUCCUUCCAAUACUUGAAAUAUUAUUCACGGAAGUUCUUUCAGGUUCCGUUUGGUCUUUGCAGUUACCCGUUGAAGUUGCACAUUAAUCCCUUGGAUUAACCUGUUUCCAACCACACUUGUGAUCCAAAGAUGCUACUGAAUUGCUCAGAACUUGAAUCCACCAUCUUCAGGCAAUAAGCAGGCGAGGUCAUGUUUUCACAAAAUGGAUGACGGUGAUAAGUGAAAGGUCAGGAGCUAUGUCAAAUUUAACUCACCUGGAUGCACCGCCAUACCAACUAGAACAAAAGGCCCUUCUGCAUAUAAGAAUUAAGUACAUCCUAUUUGGGUUAGAACUCUGAAUUGCUAGCAUCCUGUGUGAGGAGAUCUGUGUGGAGCAGCCUUCAUAGAUGUCUAACCUUGAAUCUGAAUCUGUUUUGUAAGGGUCUAUGGCAGAGGUAGGCCACCUUGGCUCUUUUAUGACUCGUGGACUUCAACUCCCAGAAUUCCUGAGCCAGCAUGGCUCAGCUUGGAAACCUCUCCCUUUCCCCUCAGCAUGGCUGGCUCAGGAAUUCUGG